UUGCUGUCAUUUAUUGACAGGCCAAAUAGCGGCCGUGGCGUGAGAUAAAGAUUCUCAAGAAGAUAUUAUUUUAUUUUACCCAAAAGUGAAUAAAAUUACAUGAAUGCGUAGUGCGGCAUACAACAUGGCUAGGUACGGCCAAAGACCGGAAAAUGCCCUCAAACGGGCGAAUGAGUUCAUGGACUUGGACAAGCCGGCCCGAGCUCUGGACACUCUGCAAGAAGUGUUCCGGAACAAGAAAUGGGCCUACAACUGGUCCGAGUCAGUUUUAGAACCAAUAAUGUUCAAAUACUUGGAGCUGUGUGUAGAUCUUCGCAAGUCCCAUAUAGCGAAGGAAGGCCUCUUCCAGUACAGAAAUAUGUUCCAAUCUGUUAAUGUUGGAUCUUUGGAACAAGUUAUAAGGGGUUAUCUUCGUAUGGCAGAGGAGAGGACUGAGGCUGCGCGGGCGCAGUCGACGCAGGCUGUGAUAGACACUGAUGAUCUGGACAAUCUGGCAACACCUGAGAGCAUCCUGCUCAGCGCAGUGUCAGGGGAGGAUGCACAGGAUCGCUCUGACCGAACUAUACUGACCCCAUGGGUAAAAUUCCUGUGGGAGUCUUACUGCCAGUGCCUUGAACUGCUCCGUACAAACGCACAUGUGGAAACUCUCUACCAUGACAUCGCACGGAUGGCUUUCCAGUUCUGCCUUAAAUACUCAAGAAAGACUGAGUUUAGAAAACUGUGUGACAAGCUUAGAAAACAUCUUGAAGAUAUUUGCAAAGCCAACGUUCAAACUGGCAAUGUAAGCAUUUCUAAACCAGAAACUCAGCAGCUCAACUUGGAGACCAGACUGUUUCAACUAGACAGUGCUAUACAGAUGGAAUUAUGGCAGGAAGCCUACAAAGCCAUAGAAGACAUCCACAACCUAAUGAACAUGUCAAAGAAGACGCCAGUAGCCAAAACCAUGGCCAACUACUACGGCAAACUGGCCCUAGUGUUCUGGAAAGCUGGCCACUGUUUGUUCCACGCCGCCGCGCUGCUGAAGCUGUUCCAACUGUCCAGGGAGAUGAAGAAGAAUAUCACGCAGGAGGAAUUGCAAAAAAUGGCCUGUCGGGUUUUGGUAGCAGUACUGUCAGUACCGCUUCCAUCCCUGCAUCCGGAGUUUGAUCGCUUCGUGGAGACUGACAAGAGCCCUGUGGAGAAGGCUCAACGCCUGGCCGUGUUGCUGGGCCUGGCUCAACCACCAACAAGGGCGAACUUGCUUAAAGAUGUGGUUCGCUUGAACGUCGUGGCGCUGGCGUCGCCGCAACUUCAGCAGCUGUAUUCCUGGCUGGAGGUGGAGUUCGACCCCCUGACCAUAUGCGAGAAUGUGCAGAGUGUCAUCAAAUCACUGCAGGACGACCCCAACUCCCAACUCUCUCAGUACACGACAGCGCUGACGGACGUAGCGCUAGUGCGUCUGAUACGUCAGGUGGCGCAGUGCUACGCGUGCAUCCAGUUCUCGCGGCUGCUGGAGCUGGCGUCCACCGACGAUCUGUUCCACAUCGAGCGUCUACUGGUGGACUGUGUGCGCCACAACGACAUGCAGAUACGAGUGGACCACGCCAACAAGUGCGUGCACUUCGGCGUGGAGGCGGGCGGCGGCGAGUGGUGCUCGGCCGCGGACGAGGCGUGCGGCGGCGCCAUCCUGCAGGCCACGCCCGCUGAACAGGUCCGCGAGCAGCUGGUCCGCGCGGCGGAGGUGCUCUCCCGCGCGGCGCAGGCGCUGUACCCGGCGCGCCGGCGCGCCGAGCGGGAGCGCGCCCGCCUCGCCAUGGUGCAGCACUAUCACGAGAACAAGCACACCGAGCACCACCGCGUGCUGCAGCGGCACAAGAUCAUCGAGGAGCGCAAGGAGUAUAUCGAGAGGCUGAACACUGUGCGCGAGGAGGAGGAGAUGCGUCGUCAAGAGGAGCAGCACCGCGCGGCGGCGGCGGCGGAGGCGCGGCGCCAGGAGCAGGAGCGGGAGGAGCGGGAGAAGAAGCGGCACGCCUCCGAGCUGGCCGCCAUGCGCGAGAGGCAUCUGCGCGAGAGGAUCGCGCACAUCUCCCAGACCAUGCACGGCAAGAAGGUGCUGCAGAAGCUGGAUGAGGAGGAUUUGAAAAAGAUGGACGCCGAAGCAAUCGCUCAACGCGAAGCCGAAGAGCUGAUGAAGGAGCGACGCGAGCUGCAGGCUCGCCUCAAGUCUCAGGAGAAGAAGGUGGACUACUUUGAACGCGCUAAACGUCUGGAAGAGAUCCCUCUUCUGCAGAAGAGUCUAGAAGAGAAGCAGGUCCAGGACAAGGCAUUCUGGGAGCAACAGGAGAAGGAGCGUAUACAGCAGCUUAUUGAGGCCCGUACCCGCGACGUGGCCACACAGGAGCGCCUGAUGCGUAUGGCGGUGCACCGCGACCAGUUCAUGAGCCGACUCAGCUCGGAGCGCGGCGCCGCCUACCACCAGCGCCUGGCCGCCUUCCAUACCAAGCUGGCCGCCGAGCGAGAGACGCGCCUCGCGCAGCGCCGCCUGCAGCGCAUCGAGAAGAGGCGCCAGGAGUGGUUGGCAGAAAAACGCCGCAUAGAAGAGGAGGCGGCGGAAGAGGCGAGAAGGAUUGCGGAGGAACAAGAGAAACUCGAGAAAGAGAGGAAGUAUCAAGAAGAACUGCAAGCACUGCAAGAGCGAAAGGAGAGGGACAAGAAGGAACACGCCGAGAUGCUCGCCCGCGCGGAGGCCAAGGCGCGCGCGCUGGAGGCGGAAACGGCGCGCAAGCUGGAGGAGCAGAAGGCGUCCGCCACGAGCAGCUGGCGGCGCGGCAAGGACGACAAGCCGCCGCCCGCCAAGGAGCCCGAGAAGAAGGAGCCCUGGCGCUCCUCUCGCGUUCGCGAACCUAUACGCGAAGACCGUCCGCGCUCUCCGCCGCGCGCGCGCGACGAGCGCCCGCCGCCCAAGGACGAUAGACCGCGCGAUGAGCGAAGCAUCAGGGAUGAACGUCCUCUGCGGGAUGAACGCGAUCCAAGAGACGACCGUGGUCCCAGAGAUGAACGCGGUCCGAGAGAUGAACGCGGUCCAAGAGACGACCGUGGGCCCAGGGACGACCGCGCUCCUAGAGACGAUCGUGGUCCCAGAGAUGACCGUGGUCCUAGAGACGACCGUGCUCCCAGAGACGACCGUGGUCCGAGAGACGAUCGUGGUUUUAGAGAUGACCGCGGUCCGCGAGAUGAUCGCGGUUUAAGAGAUGACCGUGGCCCGAGAGACGAUCGUGGUCCGAGAGAUGAUCGCGGUCCAAGAGACGAUCGCGGCUUCAGGGACGAUCGCGGGUUCAGGGAUGAUAGGCCAAGAGACGACCGGCCGAGGGACGAGGGCGGCUGGAGGUCCGGCAAUCGUGACCUCGACAGAGAUAGGGAACGAGACAGGCCACGGUAUGUCGGCCGCUCGAGCGGACCCGAGACUGGCAGCUGGAGACGUGGCCCCGCUGAUCCACCGGCUGCGCCCGCUGAGCGCUCGGCCGCGUGGCGUAGCAAAGAACCACCGCGCGACGAUCGCCGUGACGACCGGCGCGACGAUCGCGACCGCUAUCCGCCGAGGCGGGACGAGCGCGGCGAUCGCGACGGCUUCAGGGACCGUGAGCGCGAUCGCUACCCGCCGCGACGCGACGAUCGCGACCCGCCCCGGAGAGACGAUCGGGAUGGCCCUCGUCGUGAUGAUAGAGACGGGCCGCGACGCGACGACCGCGAUGGACCGCGACGCGACGACCGCGAUGGGCCGCGACGUGAUGAUCGUGACGGACCAAGACGCGACGAUCGUGAUGGACCGCGCCGCGACGAUCGCGAUCGUCGUCCUCCACCACGUCGUGAGGAUAAACCUCGCGACCCGGACGAUGACUGGCAGCAGGUCACCAAGCGUUAAACGGAAAAGCAAUACAUUUGUUAAAAGUUCAGCAGUUUUUUUACAUGUUUUACAUAUAUACCUUUAUUAUCACCUUUAUUUAACAAUAAUACAGAUCCUUGUACAGGGUACCGUACAGGUACAGUGAGUUAACUGUUUUCCUGAAAUCCCGUUAAUACAGAUAAACAAACUUUUGUUUAAAAGUUUUUUUUGAAACCAUGAAUUUUAAUAUCUAUACCGAAAGUAAAGAAAUUAUCAUCGUAAAUGCACAGAUAACAUAAAGAGUUAGAGUUAUAGACCAUCAUUCGUCAGCGUUUUCGCCCAUUGAAUUAAGUUUUAUUUUAAAAUUAAUAACUAAGUAGUAUUCAUGUCUCAAAAAAUUACGAUUUUUUGCAUCUAAUAGAAUGAUCAUGAACAAUUUAAGACCUUUCGUGAUUUUAAUUAUUAUCACGUCUCAUUAUAUAAUACACAAGACAAUAUGUUAACCGAAUUCAUUCAUUACGUCAUAGUAGGAAUAUGUUUUCAUAUAGCAAAUGAUAUAUGUUGUGUUUGUUUAUAUUUGUAAAAUCUGCUGGACUUUAAUUCAUACAACUUUUACAUUUUUAUAUAUUAUGCCAUUGUUCUUUAGCCAUAAUCCAUGUAUUCUGUACUGGUGUAGCUUUCCUUGUACUUCCUUUUAGAAUACGUUUGCGACGUAUUUAAUAUAAUAUUAUAUUUAAUGGAUCAUUUA